AUGCCAAAUUGCCCACGUUGCCAGAAGCCAGUCUACUUCGGUGAGAUAUUCCGACCAUGAGAAAGACUUAUAACGUUCCCAGAAUUUCAGCCGAGCGAGUGACGUCGAUCGGAUACGACUGGCACCGUCCGUGCCUUCGAUGCGAGAACGAGGCGUGCAAGAAGACACUGGCCGCCGGAAGCCACUCGGAGAGAGACGGGAAGCCCUACUGCAACCGGUGCUACGGAGCCAUGUUCGGGCCGCGCGGAUACGGUCACGGAGGAGUCGAGUCGCACACAUUCCACAAGGGACAGACUACCGGACAGGUAAGCCCUCAGACCAGUACUAACCAGGGAAUGGAUCAGUUCACUCUUUCCUUCCACUAACCUAACCUUUUCAGGUUUAA